AUGGCGCGCCGGGGUUGCCUAGCUUUUUGUGUGGUCGGAGGUCGGGGUGGGGUCUGGGGUCGUUUCUGCCUGAGUGUUGGUAGUUUGGUCGGUUCAUAUGCGUGGGGAGGGCGGGAGAUGUCGGGGAGUACACGGGCAUGCGGGUGGCGCAGCAGCAGCAUGAUAGCGUUUGAGGCCGUUAAGGACAUCUUCUUGGCCGUUCGUCGCAAGAAGACGACCAUUUUUCUUAGUUUAAAAGAAAAUGCAGAGGUUCUGGAAGUCAAACAGAUGAUUGAGGGGAUUUUAAAGGUGCCUCCAGAAGACCAGGUGCUGUUGUACGGUUCUACCGCUAUGUACGACCACAAAUCCCUAUCAUAUUACGGACUUACUGAUCUGACUGCUCGCGCUCACAAUCCUGCUGUUCUUGGACUAUGCCUUCGUGAUUCUGAAAGCGGUCAGUUUGAGCCUCUGGAUAUAACACCAUACUCGAAGCCUCCAGAAUUGCCAGAAGUAAUGCGUUGUCAAGAGAACCAGCCUCCAAGAAAUGCGUCUGCAGCCGGCGUCUCAGCCACUAACGCCACUACUCCGGCAGCUUCCGCAAAUCAAGCCGAGACGGCUGCAGUCUCGAGACCUUAG